UUAGAAAAUCGUUUCCUGGUUUAUCGUCAUAAGCCCAUAACUGUCUUAACUGUUUGAUCAAAUUGAACAUGCAAAACAAUAGUACCAUUUCAUCUCAAUUUUCCAUUUUCUCUCUUAUUUCAAUCCGAUCAAUAAUUUGAAAAAUUAAAAUGGGGAUUCCGGUUCCAUUGCCAACAUCUAAAGAAACCCUAGGAGAUCGAGUCAUAUUUGUGAGGGAAUCGCUAUUAAAAAGCCAAUUGAUUACAGAUAAUAUGGUUUCCAUUCUCGGUUCCUUCGAUCAUCGUCUCUCUUCUCUCGAAACUGCCAUGCGCCCUACCCAGAUUCGGAUGCAUUCAAUUAGAAGAGCGCAUGAAAAUAUCGACAGAACUUUAAAAUCUACCCAGAAUGUUUUGGAACAAUUUGAUAUCGCUCGCAAGGCCGAAGCUAAAGUAUUAAGAGGGCCUCAUGAAGAUUUGGAAAGUUACCUUGAAGCUAUUGAGCAGUUGAAAUAUGUCCUUAUGUUUUUGAGUGGUAACAAAAGCUUUAAGCAUGAUAAUGAGGCUUUAAAUCGUGUUCACAACUUGGUACAAAAGGCAAUUUCAAAGUUGGAAGAUGAGUUUAGGCAAAUUUUAAUGUCUUACAGUAAACCAAUUGAACCCGAUUGCCUUUUUGACUGCCUUCCCAAUUCAUUACGACCCAACUCGACUCAGGGAGAUGCAGAGCAAAGUAAAAGUGCGGAAAAUUUUACUUAUAAGCCUUUAGAUCUUGUUCCCCCUCGUGUCCUACCAUUGCUUCAUAAUCUGGUCAUUCAAAUGAUUCAAGCGGGCUACCAACAACAAGUUCUCAGUAUUUAUAGGGAAACACGCUCGACUGUUAUGGAAAUCACACUAAGAAAGCUUGGGGUGGAAAGACUUACCAAAGAAGAUGUGCAAAAGAUGCAGUGGGAAGCUUUAGAGGCAAAGAUAGGGAAUUGGAUACAUUACAUGCGUAUAUCUGUCAAACUGCUUUUUUCUGGGGAGAAGAAGGUGUCUGAUGAGAUAUUUAAAUCUAUUGAAUCUAUUAGAAUAUUGUGUUUUGCUGAAGUAACUUCAAGUUGUGUCUCUUCACUCCUUAGUUUUGGGGAUGCAAUUGCUAGAAGUAAGAGAUCACCAGAAAAAUUAUUUGUUCUCUUGGACAUGUAUGAGAUCAUGAGGGAACUGCAGCCUGAGAUAGAAAGAAUUUUUGAGGGUAGACCUUGCACUGAAAUGAGGGAAUCUGCAGCCAGCUUGACGAAACGACUAGCACAAACAGCCCAAGAGACAUUUGGUGAUUUUGAAGAAGCAGUUGAGAAGGAUGCCACAAAAACUAUUGUGAUGGAUGGAACGGUGCAUCCAUUGACAAGCUAUGUGAUCAACUAUGUGAAGUUUUUGUUUGAUUAUCAGUCCACUCUCAAACAACUGUUCCAGGAGUUUAGUGCAGAAGAUCCAGGAGCACAGUUGGCUGCUUUAACAACUCGCAUAAUGCAAGCACUCCAGAUUAACCUAGACGGGAAAUCUAAACAAUAUAAAGAUUGUGCUUUGACACAGCUAUUUCUAAUGAACAAUAUUCACUACAUUGUUCGAUCAGUUCGGAGGUCCGAUGCAAAAGAUCUACUGGGAGAUGAUUGGGUUCAACGACAUCGGAGGAUUGUCCAACAACAUGCAAAUCAAUACAAAAGGGUUUCUUGGUCCAAGAUCCUUCAAUUUCUGUCAGUCCAACCGGCCGGUUCCACAGGCAGCGCUGCUACACCAGAUGCUGCUCCUCCGCUUCCAAGGGCAAUGGUUAAAGAGAGAUUCAAAAAUUUCAAUUUGCAAUUCGAAGAACUUCAUCAAAGACAAUCUCAAUGGACUGUUCCUGACAGUGAGUUGCGUGAGUCUUUGAGAUUGGCUGUAGCUGAGGUCUUAUUGCCUGCCUACCGAAAUUUCUUCAAACGCUAUGGGCCUAUGAUAGAAAGUGGAAAGAACCCUCAGAAGUACAUUAGAUUCAGCGCAGAAGAACUUGAACGAAUGUUAAACGAAUUUUUCGAGGGCAAGAACUGGGGUGAUCAAAAGCGAUAGGUUAUUUGGACCCAAUCAUGUUCAAGAGAGGUUUUUUUUAUUUAAUUUGUAACACAAAAUCUCAUUGAAGACGAUCUCAUCGUGAUAUAGUUUUAAAUUUGGCUAAUAAGUCCAACUAAAUUGAUUAAAACAUUUAUUUUGAUACUUAAUUUUAUACUAUUAAUCAUCAUAAAUUGUUUGAAACGGUCUCAAAGUAAGAUGUAUCUUAGACAUGAAUUAAUAACCAAGUUUAUACAUAUUGUAAAAA